AUUGACCACAAAUUGGGAGAAGAAGAAAAGGAAGAUGCGAAGGAGGAACGUCGCUCUUCCUUGGAGGACUGCGCAGGGAGAAAGGAGCAACCAUGGGGGCAGGUUCCGGGGUCAGAAAUUUCUUCUCCAGAGAUUCGAUUCCGACCAAGAAAGUGCCGGGAAUAUGUGGAACCAAAUACCCGCUGAGUAUUCUGUUCAUCAUCGUCAACGAGUUCUGCGAGAGAUUCUCCUACUAUGGAAUGAAAGCCGUCCUGACACUUUACUUUGUGAACUACCUGCACUGGAGCGAGAACCGCUCCACCACCAUCUACCACGCCUUCUCCGGGCUCUGCUACUUCACCCCGCUCAUCGGGGCCCCCAUCGCUGACGCCUGGCUGGGCAAAUUCAACACUAUCUUUUAUCUGUCCAUUUUGUACGUGUUUGGUCAUGUGAUCAAGUCCGUGGGGGCCAUCCCGGAUAUCGGAAACAGUGAGUUGCACGUGGUUCUGUCUAUGAUUGGUCUGAUUGCCAUCGCCUUCGGGACAGGCGGUAUCAAGCCCUGCGUCUCGGCUUUUGGUGGUGACCAGUUCGAUGAAGAACAUGUAAAAGAGAGAGGAAAAUUCUUCUCCAUCUUCUACAUGUCCAUCAACGCCGGCAGUCUCAUCUCCACCCUAGUGACGCCCAUUCUCAGAGGAGGCGUCCAGUGCUUUGGGCAGGAUUGUUACGCUUUGGCGUUCGGCGUUCCGGCCGGUUUGAUGUUUGUUGCUCUGAUUGUGUUUGUCAGCGGGAGCGGCAUGUACAAGAAGUACCCGCCGCAAGGAAACAUCUUAGCCCAAGUCUUCAAGUGUAUCGGAUUUGCCCUCAAGAACCGCUGGAGGCAUCGCGCCAAGCAGUUCCCCAAGCGGGGGCACUGGCUGGACUGGGCCUCUGAGAGCUAUUCGAAAAAACUCAUCACAGAAGUGAAAAUGGUGACCAAAGUCCUCUUCUUGUACAUCCCCCUCCCGAUGUUCUGGGCUCUCUUCGACCAGCAGGGAUCGCGAUGGACUCUUCAGGCUACAAGAAUGAACGCCGAUUUCGGUUCAUUUGUCAUGCAGCCGGACCAGAUACAGGUCAUGAACCCACUUCUGAUCCUCAUUCUGGUCCCGGUGUUUGAUCUGGGGAUCUACCCUCUUGUCAGGCUUUGCAAGAUCAACUUCCACCCCAUCGCAAAGAUGGCCAUCGGCAUGCUGCUGGCAGCUCUGGCCUUCGCUGUUGCCACCGUUGUGGAGAUCAAAAUAAAUGAGACGAAUCCGCUCGUUCCAAAGCCGGGAGAGGCCACCGUGCAGAUCCUGAACUUUGCAGGACAAGACGCCACCGUCCAGAUUCCGAACAAUUCUCCGUUCACCCGACCGUCACUGAUCGGCGGAGAUUUCCAGGACCCAAAUUACAAGAAGAUUAACGUCACCGGCACUACAAAUGUGAAUGUGGAAAUUGGGACACAAAGCAUUUCCUGCUCAGGCAUUCGUGAGGAUAAAACGUUCUCCUUAUUGGUGGAUAGACACGCAGACAGUUCUCUGUAUUGUAGGACGGUGAGUUGAGCAGAAAUAUCCUACAAGUGAUAUAGGAGGGGCUUGUGA